CCUUCGAUUGUAACAUUCCUGACUUCUGAAUUCCCUUUCUUACAAAACGUUGUUCGACCCAACACCAGGAGUAAUGAAUAUUUCUGCCGUUAAUUUGACAUCGCCGGAUUUUUCGGACCUGGGGCUAUUUGACCGUUAUCAGUUUGUUACAGAAUCUCCUGGAGUGGCGAUUUCACUUAUCGUUAUCCUCCUUUUAGCAGGAUUGGUAGGAACCUGUGGCAAUAUCCUCAUCUUGUUGGCACUAUGUGUGACGAAAAAAAUGAAGUCCCUGGAAUCAAUCUUUAUUGCAAAUUUGGCAAUAUCGGACAUGUAUGUUACACUUGUUGCAGACACCAUGAGCGUAGUAGCAAAAUUAGAGGGUGAAAAUUUCUUCAAUCUCUACCCUGGACUUUGUCAAUUCAUUGCCUACGGUUGUACAAUGUCGUGCGUAAAUUCACUGGGUACCAUCGCACUGAUGAGCUUUAACCGAUAUGUCUUACUCUGUCAUCAUCAGCACUACGACAAGAUUUUUAAAAAGCAUACAUGCAUAAUGAUGUGUGUAUCUUUGUAUUGCGUGGGCCUGCUGCUAGUGCUCUUGAAUUUGGCGGGAAUCGGCGAUCAUUCCUUUGAUAGAAAAAGUCUAGAAUGUAUCUGGGAUCGGAUGGCCACUUAUUACUAUACAGUGGUAUUCUCGGUUACCCUCGUUUGGAUUCCAGUUGUCGUUACAGGGUUUUCCUACUUGAAUAUUUACCUCAGAGUAACCAGGAGCGCCAAACGAAUGAAGAAACAUCAGGACAAACCGGCAAAAUCUUCCGUGAAUCUUGCUCGAACUCUGUUUAUUAUUUAUGUGGUGUUUGCUACGUGCUGGAUUCCCUACGCCCUCAUAAUUGUAGUGGACAGGAAUGAUACUUUUCCACAUGAGGCCCAUCUCUAUGUCACUGUAUUCGCCCACCUUCACCCUUCAAUUAAUUGGCUCGUUUACUACUUCACAAAUACAAAAUUUCACCGUGCAUUUGACAAAAUUGCUGGAUUGCACCGUGUUUUUGGAAUAUGCAGACGGUCGUCAUUGGAGACACCGGACUCUUCUGGAGUACUGAGUACAUCAGACUCUCAAGCAGCCAAACACAAGAUCACAAGUCUGGCCACUCUGUCUGGUGAUGAGCUUUCAUCUAAAGACAUCCCCGAAAGCAUGGACUCUCCCAUUUGAAGACGGCAAUUGUGAACAUACACUAGAAUCGAAGAAAGGUUAACUUUGUUUUGUUAGAACCGAAUAUUUUAAAUGGGAAAAACAGAGGUAUAACUAAAUAAGAGAAAGGA